GUGAAUCACUCCGCUACUAUUGACAAGAAUAUGGCGACGUGAUAGUGCCGCUUGUGUUUUUCCCCGUGGAUUUUUACCUGUGUUUGGAUUUUAUACCUGUGUGAAUAUUUUAAACUUUUUACUUGUUCGAAGAGGACUAUUUGACUUUAUUAGGUUUUUAGCAAUAAAUGAUGUGGAAAAGAUCAUCAAUUGUGAAGUGAUUUUUUUUAACCAUGGAAAACCCCGAGACGUUUCCUCCAGGGGGACGACCCCAGCAUCAAAACCACCCCAUACCCUCCAACUGGUAUGACACCCUGGACAGAAAUGCCAAUAUCUCCCUCAACUCCAAGGGUCUUCGCAAUGCUCCUGGGGAGAACAACUGUUUCCUCAAUAGUGCUGUACAGGUCUUUUGGCAUUUAGAUGUGUUUCGCCGCAGCUACAGAAGAUUAUCAGGCCAUUUGUGCAUGGGAAACUCCUGCAUUUUCUGCGCAUUGAAGGUCAUUUUCACCCAGUUUCAGUACAGUGACCAGGCCUCCCUACCCCCAGAUGCCCUACGCAGGGCCCUGGCCGAUUCCUUCACCAACCAGCAGCGCUUCCAAUUAGGUCACAUGGACGAUGCUGCUGAAUGUUUUGAAAAUAUUUUGAGGAGGAUCCACUUUCAUGUGGCCAAUGCCUACCAUGAGGACUCCUGCUCCGCCCCACACUGUCUGUCCCAUCAGAAGUUCACCAUGACCAUUUUUGACCAGUUGGUUUGUGUUUGUGGAGCCAGUUCGGAGCCCCUCCGAUUUCACGAGAUGGUUCAUUACAUCACGACAAACGCCUUAGUGUCGCAGUAUCGAUCCAUGCAAGAGACCGGGGACCUGAUCCACAACGACAGAUUCGGCCUUCUGCUCCGGAACGGAUGCGCACAGGGUGAUAUCAGGGACUGUCCGGACAACUGUGGAAAGCGAGUGCAGAUAAGGAAGACUCUGCUCAAUUCCCCUGAUGUUGUGAGCAUUGGACUGGUCUGGGAUUCAGACCGGCCGGAGACUUCCACCAUCACAGAUGUCUGUCGCUGCAUUGGAACCACCAUUCUGCUGCAAGAUCUCUUUCAUUCUGUGAUGUGCAAAGAUGUCACCAAGUUGCCACGGUUACAAUUGUCUGCAGUUGUGUGUUACUAUGGGAAACACUAUUCUACAUUUGUGUACGACACCAAGUCCAGCAUUUGGAAAUAUUUUGAUGAUGCCACUGUAAUGGAAAUUGGACCGAAGUGGGAACACGUUGUUGAUAAAUGUUCACGUGGGCGCUAUCAGCCGCUGUUGUUACUCUACACAAACCCCAACGCCAGUCCGAUCAACAUUGAUACAGCUCCAAAGAAAAAAGUUAUGGCCCCUGGUUUUGGAACCCCUUCCAAAGGUGUAGCAGAGAAGGAGAGUCGAGUGGACGGAGGCAAACAGUCACGGUCCAAGUCAUCAUCAAUAGUGUCCAGGACGAGUGACCAGAUCAGUUCAAACAACCCCAGGGGGCACAGUUCAGAUCAAUACUCACCUGACGCGGACGGACCAAAACAACCCAGCUCGGAACACAGAAGGCAGCCCAGUUUCCUCAUUGCUAUAACUGGCAAAAACGGAAAGAAGGUCAAUUCAGAGUACGCCGUGCCAGUGACAAAUGCACCAAUCAAACAGCCUCUUCCAGGAGGUCAAGUGAAAGCAGAUCAGGGUUAUCACCACGACAACAGGUCUGGGUCACAGAGAGGCGCUGUCCAGUGUGACAUCAUAGAGGAGGAUCAGGUCGAUGGAUAUACUCUGUCUACGAGUGACCAGUACAGGCGUCCAUCUUUGAAUUCUCAGGAUGGUAAUGGAAAAUAUGCAGCAUUGAACUUUAACCGAGUCAGUGAAGUGCAAAGAAAAGAAAGUUUGAAGAAAGGCAAGGGGAGAGUCGGAGUGGACGUGAUCCGUUAUCAGGUGAACACCCAGAGGUCAUCCUCUGAUUCUGACUCUCAAGGUCAUAGUGACACUGGAGCCUCUACCCCACCUUCUCUUCCACCUAAGAGACUGACCCACUCUCAGAGUUAUGACGAGUCGCCUGCAAAUCUCUCAGCAGACCACAUUGAUGUUAGGCAGCAUGUAGUGAUGAAACCCAAACCCAGUGCUGCCAAAGCUCAUGACUAUGAGAAUAUUGACCAUUUGAUGCAUUCACCUGUGCAGUCUGGGCUGGCUACAUUACCAAGGAACAAAAAAGGAGCCAGAUCAAACGCAGGUCAUCAUUCCAGGCAGAGUUCUAUUAAUGGAGAGAAUUCUGUGACAAACUCUAACCAGUUUCCAUCAUCUCAUAGCCGUCAGAGUUCCUCAAACACUCUCACUGAUUCCUGUCACAGCAGACAGAGUUCGACUAACACACUAACGGAUCAUUCUCGCCAGAACUCGUUGGUUAGUGACCAUCUGGACUCGCACUCCAUGACCGCCAAUGGUCAGAUGUCUGAGCUCAGUUCACGUCAGAGUUCCAGUGUCAGUCAGCAUUCAGACAUCAUCAAUCAAGUCAACAGCAACCAUAUUUAUCAGAUGUCAUCUGCACAGUAUCAAAGGCAAAAAUCUGCACCAGUUAUCAUGAACAGUACUCAGGGUGGUCGGUUAGGAGAGCCUCAGAAGAAGGAGAAACCCCCAAAACCAGCAAAACCAGAAAAGAAACCAGGAGUCUUGAAGAAGAAAAACAAUGUUUCACAGCAAGAUCACCAGGCUCCUCCUCUGCCCGACAAGAAGAAGCCAUCUCCACCUGGAUACAUUGACAGGAGGAUGGUGGAGAGUGUUCUGAGCUACCAGAGCAAGUUGUCUCGCCAAGGUUCUACAAACAGCCAGGGUUCCACUGCUAGCAACAUGAGCCAGGGCUCAAUCAAUAGCAGCAUGAGCCAAACAAGUCAGAGCAGCAACACAAGCUUUGACUCGGACAACUACAACAUGAAGAACUUGCAUGAGACUCAGUUUGACAAUUUGUCCUUGGAAUCUCACAGAGACUCUGGAUAUGGAAGCAGUGAUAGGAAUAGUUCAAGUUCUACUGGUAGUUCAACACUGGAUCCAUACACCCAGUAUUUUCUCAACAAGAGUAUGAUUCCUCCCAAGACCUUCAACCCGCAAGCUGUGGCCGAAAACAUGAGGAAGUUUAUCGACCCAAACUACCAGGAACCCAACACAACCCAAACAGUGAUGUCGCAAUCCCAAUUUGAACAUCAUCAAAAUUUUAGUGCUAAUUCUAAUGGACCUUCAAAUGGACCAAAAGGUGGAGUGAGUGUUAAUCACUCAGUGCCACCUGAGAAAGGGAAACUCUAUCAUCCAGUUGUGGAUGGCUUCGGGAACCCCAUCGACCAGUCAAGGCAGCUUUACGACCCAGCCAUAGUUCGUUCACACCAGGGCAAAGAUAUCAACAAUCACAAUUACGAUGGCCAGAAUAACUACUCCAAAAACCACCCAUCACCUGGAAAUUCUAAUAACCACCUCUCUGAAAAUGGACAAGCCAAAAACCUUGAAGGAAACCAAAUGUAUAUGAAUGAAUUCAGCAGCAUAUACCAAUCAUCUGAAGAUCUCAUGGAUCAUUGUGUCUUGGCCGAAACUAAUGGAAAUUUCCAAGAUGCUAUUAGACACUGCUCUCAAGCAAUAGACUGUUUAAAGAGGGCCAUCAAGAUUCCCAACCUCCCCUCCCAGUCCUACACUUACGGCCAGAAAAAACACAACUCAUGUCUCCUGAAGCUGCGAAGUCUGCAGAAGAAGGCGGCCAUGAUGAGGCAGGAAUCCAAUUCAUCCAGCACCAGCUCCGACAGUGCUCGGUCCUCACCUCUUAUUGUCAAUAGUAACAAUUAUGGUGAAGACAGCUACAGUCGAAACCAGACUGUCAAACCCAGUGAACCCUGUGUCAACCAGAAUGUGGCCAUGUUGCAGCAGACGGCCAUUCACUCCAGGUCUAGCUCACGAGAUUCAGUGGACAGUGUGAUAGAGAACAAGAACUAUAGGGGAGAGAGACCCAGUAGUGGAAGCUCUACUAGUUCUCAGAAACAAGUGACCUGUAAUUCUAGUCAAAACUCCCGGACACUAAAUAGUGAUAGGACAACAUCAAAUAGUAACUUGAACAGUUUGGAUGUGUAUGGGACACUGCCCAGGAAAGGGAAGACAUGCAACAAGUCACAAAGUGUUCCCAGCAAUCUGAACCAACAACAGAGAGGGGUGAAUGGAGGUCGAAGUUCAAGGUCGACCACUCCCACCCCUUUUGACAGUAGUUCCACAGACUCUGAAUCUCAGUACCAGAUGCAGAAGCCUGCAAAACCCCAAAUUGUUACAAAUGUAGCAGAAAUCAGGCCACUUCACAACAAUUCUGGCCCGCUGAGAGCAGUACACUCCCAACCCAAUAUGCACCCCCAGUACAACAAGUCAAAGACGACAACCCCUAGUUCCGCCCCCGAGGUUUGUAGUUCCCCUGCCUCACAGCAGAUGACUGCUAAGGCUCAACCAGUGCUGCCACCAAAACCCAACCAGGCAAUAGAGAGAGCAGUGUCUACUCUUCCCUACCCUAAAAAGGAAGGGAGUGCUGGACCCUACCAGAAAACUGCGACCUAUAAGGCUGGUAAACCAGUCUUUGCUCCUUCAUUGCCAUCCUCUAUUCAGUUCCAUUCUGCUACUAUCAGUAGUUCUAGGCGCCCCCUUAGUCGACACGCCAGCUUCACUCAGCCACGCCCCGCCUCUGGGGGCAGCAACUCAGUGUUCGGUACUCGGACACUGGAGAGAUAUGCUUCACAACCUGACUGUCAGAAUCUCGCUUCUCUACAAUCUGAUACAACAGCAGACUGUGCUAAUGUGGCUUGGAAAGAUGGUAACUCUGUGACAUCAUCAGGACAGCAAUCCUUUCAGGGACACUAUUCUAAAGAGGCAGUACCUUUGUGUUCAACUGGUGAGUCAACCUCUCCCAAUGGAUCCGCCCCAGAUGAAUCCUCAGAGGGCAAUGAGGCUCGACCAAGCGUGCGAGAUUUGGCAUCCAGAUUCGGCAGUGUGACGGUCAAUAACAGCCAGCCAAUGAACUCUCACCCCAUCAGCAGACCCCCCAAUGCCCCUCCUCAGCAAGGUCUAGCCAACAGACAAAGAAGCAAAUCCGAGUCUGAUUUUCGCAACAUACAGGCAGACAGACCGAAGUCAGUUCUUUCCAAGAAAAAGAAGCAUAGAGGAAGUGGGCCCAGAAAAUCUGUGACAUUUUGUGACAAUAUCGCUCUCAUCUCGGCAGCCGACUUAGAUGAGUUUGGCUUUGUUCGGAACUCUGAGGAACUGCAUGCUGGGUAUGUGAGUGAUGAGGAAGACCGCGGGUUUUCCAGAAGUGCAUUUUCGGAUAACGACCUUGAGGAGGGGGACAGUUCCGAUUCUCCGGUAGAAAUCUACCUAGGAGAGGAAGCAUGUAGUCUCUGUAGUAAAAGGGGGGUCAUUCCCGGACAGUCAAUGUGUUCUCAAUGUCAGCUCUACAUGAGACAAUUUCAGUCUCAAGCAUAGUGAUUAAGGGGCAAUAACCCCUGCAAGUAGGGGCAAUAGCCCCUACAGAUGAUUGAUAUUGUGCUAUAUUUUAUUUGCCCUUUUUGGCAAUAAAACUUUUUUCUAUGCUUUGUAGAUAACUGUCUGCAUAUUGUUAUAUUGUUAGUGAUGGGGUGAAAUUAACUGUUACAUUGUGUUUUUGUUGAGUCGCACAAGCUAGCAAACUGCCAAACCAGAAAAUCCGCAGCAAAGCUAUCUGUCUCGCAUACAUUUAUUUUUUUUUGUAUUAUAUUUUGAAAUGUGAUGAUUAUUAGACUAUUUUGUUAAAAAGCAGCAAAGUUUCCUUACCCCCACCCCUAAAUACUUACUUCAGACUGAGUUGGAGUUUGACUAGUCAAAGAGAUCAUAUAUCAUAUGCAACUUCAACAUUCCAAUGUCUUUUGACUUGAAAGAAAAAAAUUGGACCGAAAAAUAAAUUUUCCGGCCGGCAAAAUCAAAUUUGAAAUUAUGCAAUGGAUUCCGUCCAUUUAAAAUCAUUUUUGUAAUAAAAUAACACUAAGCUUAAACCAAUUCUAAAAAUACAUCUUAUUUUUGUAUAUCCAAAUAUUGAAAUGAAACAACAACAAAAUAUGUUUUAAACAUCACAUAUGAAUUUUAUAUAAGUGUUAUAUUCUACAAAUUUUUAUCCUUGAUCAGAAUAUAUUUUAAAACAAAUUCUUUUUUAUGGCAUUUUGUUACAUUUGACAUUUUUACAUGUUAUCCUAAUCUUUAACUGCCAUGGUUGUUUUUCGUCAAAUUUGAUCUCAAAAUGCCUUGGUUUGACAAAAAAAAGAAAUACCAGAACUAAAAAAAAAUUGGCUGAUUUUUGAUCGAAAAUAGAUUAGAAUUUUUUUUUUGGCCUUUGCCAAGUUUUAUCAGUUCUGGAUUUUCUUUUGUGUUUUGGAAUUACCAAGUGCAUAUUGUUAAGUCGUAUGUAUAUUUUGUACAUAUUAGAGUUUGUUGUAUUAUAUGUAAAAUAUUGUCAUUUCUCAAACUGUAGGCUUUGCUUCAUUAUCAUAUUAUAUUGUAUUGAGAAAUUAAUUUCUUAUCAUAUCUAUAUAUGAAACAAAAUAAACAUAAAUUUUUUCAAGAAAAAAUAAAAAAGUAUGAAUAAAUAA